UGCGCCACGGGAAAGGUCAAUGACCUCGUGCCGAGGCCAGCUGAUAGAUGACCAGCCCUGUGAGGUAACCUGACCCGCGGCGGCCAUGUUCUACAGCAGCACCCAGCGCCGGUCCUGGACCUUCAGCGGCGCCGACGAGCUGGCAAAACUCCGUUGCCACGCCAACCAGAACGUCCGAGAGAGACACCAGGCCGGCGGCAGGGACUGCAGCAAACUGCUAACCCCAGAGGAAGAGCUGCUAGUGUGCCAGUAUUACCACGGCAGACUGCGGGACUUCUGUGUUAAAUUUAACCCUCCCAUGCCCAAGUCUGUCAUGGCGACCGCCAGCGCUUACUUCAAGCGGGUUUACCUACAGAACUCAGUCAUGGAACAUCACCCGAAGAUUGUCAUGCUCACCUGUGUGUACAUGGCAUGCAAGGUGGAGGAGUUCAACGUGUCAAUCAUGCAGUUUGUCGGGAACAUCCGCGCUCGUUCCGAGGAGCGUGAACGGGCGGUUGAUGUGAUCCUUAACAACGAGCUCCAGCUGCUGCAGCUGCUGAACUUUCACCUCACCGUACACAGUCCCAUCAGGCCGCUGGAGGGCUUUCUGAUCGACAUGAAGACGCGUCACCGCUCGGCCGAGGAGGUGGAGAAUCUUCGCUGCCGAGCGGAGGAAUAUCUCGACAAGUCGUUUUUGUCGGACGCUUGUCUCCUGUUUCCGCCGUCGCAGGUUGCGCUCGCGGCACUGUGGCAUGCUGGGAACAGCGUCGGAACGGACGUGCUGUCUUACGUCCACCAGUGUUUGAGCAAGAGUAGUGACAAAGCUGACCAAAGCGUACUGCUGAACCAAAUCAAAAAGGUGCAGGACGUAGUGGGUAGCGUUACGCAGCUAGACGCGAGCCUUGUUGAAGAAGCGAAAGCAAAGCUAGCUGCUGUUGGUAGCGUGGAGGUUUCACACGACAGCCAGGGCGGGAAAAGGAAACUAGCCGAUCAGCAGGGGAAGCAAGCGGGGAAGAAGAAAGCAAAACAGGGAAAGUCUGAGCAAGGAGAGGGGGGACUACUCACUCUAUCAACUCUGGAGUAAAAGACUCUGUUUGCUUAGGCCACAUCAAUUUAAUUCCUUAGUUCUUGGAUUUGCCGCUUCUUUUUUUUUAUUUGCAUAAAAUCUGUACAUGUAUUUUCUUAGUACCAUUCAGGUUCUGAAUUAAGCUGGGGGGGGGGGCAUCUGACAUACCGGUACUUUUCUUUGUAGUCUUUGAACUCACCAAGGUCAUGUUUACCAUGAAGAAAUUUUUGUGAUACCAAAAAUUUUGUUGAUAUCCUGAUGCACAAUAAUGCUCUGAAGGGGCCAGACUCAGUUCUAACAGUUUCUACAUUCCAGUGUAAGAUCUGUUAUGAUGUAGAUGAAGAAAGGG